AUCUGCGCCAAUCGCUAUUGGCUAAUGCGUACGCGCCAUGUCUGGAGUUGCCCUCAAGUGUAAUAUUGCACAAUUAAGUAUUAUGAGCGAGAUAGCACGACUCCUGUUGUUUUUGGAUUUAAAAUCUUAUGUAGUAGCAAUAAGUUCGUUAUUUCACUAAGGUUCUCAUCCGGCCAGCGGUCGGUUGUACUAUUCUGCGCCGACGAACAAUGCCGAGGUAACCUAUAGGUAAACGUGGUAGUACUGUACCUAUAUAGUUCUAAGUGUCAAAAUUAGUAUAUGAAAAGUCCUAAAUAGGCAUAAAUCACAGAUAUAAGAACAUUACAUUGAAUGUAAUGUACUUCUGACUGUUCAUAUGUAUCUGUGGCAUAAAUUCAAUCAUUAAUUAUUAUGCUGUAAACAUGGCGAGUACCCAUGGAUUUAAUAAAUACUUCGGAGUACCUAAAUACUAAUUCCAUGGCUGUAAAACACAACAGGCUUGUGGUAACCAUGACGAUGACUAUAUCCAUGGAAAUGAAAAAUAAUAGUUUAUUUAUGUGUCAAACUUUACUUGAUGACAUUGGUAGCACUGUAAAUUAUUCAGAAUUUACAAUUGAGCAGUAAAUAAAAAUGCCGAUCUUAGUAAAAGAUUACACAUGGACUCAAACAAUGGACAGUUUACACAUAAGGAUACCGAUAAGUCCGGUGUUCAAGGAGAAAGUAGAUAUUUUUACGUUUGAUUCCUAUGUGAAGAUCCAUUUUAGCCCUUUUCUAUUUGAAGUAUUCUUACUACACGAUGUUGACAACGAUAAGAGUAAAUGUUUAGUUAAAGAUGAUAUAAUUAUCUUAGAUUUAAUCAAAAUAGAUAGUUGUAACUGGGAUACAUUAGAGAAAGAUAUAACCAAACCAGAUAAAAUGAAAAUAAGGCAAGAAAUCCUGGAGAAAAGUCAGGCGAAGGCGCAACAGGCUGCCGAAGACAAAAAGGUGAGGAAGUCUCAGCUGGAUAGAUUCACAGUUCAAAAAGCUAUGGAUAUAGAUUCAAAACAGCAUGAAUUAAUGGAAUCUAGACGAGAUGAUCAAAGAAAGCAAGCAAUGGAUUCAUUAGAAAAUUGGAGAGUUAAUUCUGUAAAUCAAAAUGGCAUUGAAGGUGUUACAAAAGAAAGUUCUGGAGUUAAAAUAGUAGAAUUACCUCCGUCUGAUGACGAAGAAGAUAAGAAAGGAAUAGCAAAGACUCCAGCUAAAAAAGUGACUACGAAACCAGUAAAGAAACCAGUGAGGUCCGAAUAUGUCGAUAAGAAAAAGGAAGAAGUGGCAAAGCGUGUUCUUCCAAAACUGAGGGAAGCUGGAGAGUUGAUAAUCACGCAUACUCCGAGGACGUUUCCUACUCCUAGUCGAGAGUCGACAGCACAAGAGGAAGAGACGUGGCUUAAGAACGUUACACUGGCUAGAAGAGCUACAGGGUUUGUGUCAGAGGACCUUCGCCCUGAAGAGCAGGACCCUCAAUGGUGCAAAGAGAAAGGAGAUGAGUUCUUCCGAAACGGUAACUUUCUGGGUGCGAUCAGUGCGUACACGCACGGCCUGACGUUGUCGGACAGGCUGCCGAGCUUGUUCGCCAACAGGGCCGCCACACACUUCGCGCUUGGCAAUUUUAAUAAAUGUCUAAACGACUGUUCGGCCGCUCUGGACCUGAUGAAGCCUCAUUGCGAGGGCAACCGUCGAAGUCGCGCCAAGUGCAUAGCUCGCCGCGCGGCUGCGCUUGUGCGGCUGGGGUACCUCAGCAAAGGCAUUGAUGAAAUGAAAGCAGCCGUCAAACUACUGCCCGACGACGAAAAGUUAAAGAAAGACUUGUAUGAAAUGGAGAGGGCUUGGGAGCAAAAUCCCGAUUCUGAUUAGUGUUUCGUUUCUGUAUUAAUAUUAUUUAUUAUUUAACGUAUUAUAAUGAAAAUGUGGAACCCUGAUUAUGAUCGUAAUAUUUCUGUAUUUUUUUUUAAGAUAUUAUGUGAAGCAUAAUGUGAAGUUAUAG